AUGACAAAGGGACGGAAAUGGUGCAUAUUUGAUGGACCAGUGGAUGCAGUGUGGGUAGAAAAUAUGAACACAGUUCUAGACGAUAACAAGAAGGUAAAUGGAAUGAAGUGCAUUGAUUUUAUUUAUCUUGAAAUGCUAUUUGCCCUUGUGUACCUCGUUCAAUUUGAGGCCAGUAUUAUUUCUAACACACAGCUGAAUAGCCGGUUAGUGGAAAAAUAGCAGAGUUCAUCUCAGUUGUUAAUGCAUUUCUAUUUAUAACACACCUGUGCAAUAUUUUUUUUUUACAGUUUAGCAUAAAUGGGGGUCACUUUCCCAGGGUAAGAGAUGUUUAAACAUAUACUUGAAUUCUGUAAGUAUAUGCUAUGGUACAAUUAUUUUACUUUUCUAAAUAGUCAUUAUAUAUUGAAAGAAAUUUAAGUUUGUUAUUUUUUAUAAGACAGAAAAAAAAAGUAUUUUCCUAGCAGUUGCAUAUAGAUAGCCAGAGAAUUGUACGCCUAAAAAAAAAAAAAGGACGGAAAUUCACAAGAUCGGACCCCAAUGGUAUCAUCUCACUAUUAAAAAUCACGCUUUAAUUUUUAAGAUAUAAUAUAACAAUAAAUUAUAAAUAUGUAAAGAAAUCAUAAUAAUGAAAAUACACAGCAUUCAAAUUACUGUAGUUAUUGCAAACCACAGCCCUAACCGGAACACUAAAUAACAAACUCAACAAAGAUCAUGUAAUCAAACCUACAACAGACCUAAUCAAACCCACAACACUAUGUUUCUCCUAGUCUGAACCCUACCAGUAUGUACCACCUUGACCUAACCUUUAAAAUAUUUCUAAACUGCUAGCAGCUUACUGGUAUGGGGGUUCAAUAUUCACAGCGAUCAGACGAUAUUUAUACCGCCAUAAAAUGGCAAAAAGGUACUGUUACCGAUCAAGAACAUAAUGGUACGAAAUCCACCCAAAAAACUAAGCUGAAGCAGACUAAGUCUGCAAAUCUCAGCACUAACCACGCCAAAUCCAAGAUGGCGCUGGCGAUUAGCACUCCCCUGCGUCCUGCUCGGAUAAGAGGGACCAGACCUCCAUUUCUACAGCCCCUGCUUCAGAAUCAUCAAUUCAGAAGAUGCUGUAUGAACUACAGGCGAACAUGCAAGCUAAAUUUGCCAGACUUGCCAGAGAUGUUAGGGCAGAUGUACAGGUGAUCGGGUAAUGCACGGCCCAGCAAGAAGACAAAAUGGAGGAAAUUAUUGGGGCCCACAACACCCUGGCGGCAGCGUAUGAGCAUAUGGAGGCUAAGCUGGAGGCACUCACCACCAAAGAAGCUGACCAUGAAGACCAUGAUAAAACCAUCUGACAUCCAAGAUUAUGCAGUGGCCCUAUUCAAGGCCUUAGCUCCGGAACUCUCUGACAAUGAGGUAUGCCUCGACCGCAUCCACCGCCUGCCACGGCCUAAAUUUCUUCCACUAUUACUCAAUGAAAGAAAUAGUAAUGCAGGUGGCAAGAAAUGCUGAAUCGCUCCCAGCACAAUUCACAGGGAUUAAAUUAUUUGCUCCAACAACCAAGGCGUUAAGGGAGGCUGAGAUACCCUAUAAAUGGGGAUUCCCCACACGCCUUAUUGUACGGUGCACCGGAGCAGAGAAUAUCAUUAAUAGCCUCGAUGAGGAGUUAGUAUCAUGCAGGAAUAAAAACUCCCGGUCAAGCUCCCAGACUGUAUCACAGAACAGGCCUUGACUUACUCUGGCUACUCGAUGUCCAUAAGGCAAUACCGGUUAUGUGAGAUUAUCUGUGUUACUGUCAGAUACAUGAACUUUGUGUUACAUGGCCUUUGAAUGCCUACAGUUUAGUAUAAUCAGGGUAACGCUAUGGAAUAUUAGGUUGUAGCAGUGAUUGUUUACCCGCAAGGAAACGCACUUUCAAAGGGGUCACAUGCCUAAAUUUUAUUCUAAACAGUUCCCAAUCCAUUACAUGUUAUAAGUCUAAAAAGAGCUGUGUUUCAAUACUGAUUAGCAAGGAUGCUUCAUUUUAUCUGGUUAAACAGAUUAAAGGUCAACAUGGGAGGUUUUGAUACUGCAAUGUUAUGUCAAUAAUGUUCCUUCUACCUUGUUUAACAUAUAUGGUCCGCACGACAACCAAAAUUAGUUCUUAACAAAAAUACUUACCCUAGUAUCAACCCACACAUUUUGAGAGUUAAUUAUAGGUAGGGACACUAAUUUGAUACAGUGUAAUACCGGUUUGGCUCAUGACUUUUUAGAGAUAUGGCGGAUUCUUCAUCUUACCGAGGUGGACUAUACAUUCCAUUCCUAUGUCCAUAAUACCUAUAAAAGAAUUGACCGUUUACUCAUUCACUUCUCAAUCUUACCGAAAGUUCCCUCCACCCGCAUUGGUCUCAUAACCUGGUCAGACUACGCAACCAUAACACUCACACUAGAAGAACAACGCCUGAGGAAAGGUACGGGAGCGUGGAGACGAAACGAUUUUACCUUAUGGGACCCUACAAUAGUCUCUCUUAUUAGAGAGGAUCUACUUUCUUACUUCCAACACAACACUGUUCAGGAUUCCUCUAAAGACAAUGUCUGGCUGGCACACAAAGCUGUCCUUAGAGGGCUUUUCAUAAAACAUGCCAGUUUUGCCAAAAAACAAAGAAUUGCCUACUACACCACACUGGUCCAAAACCUGGACAAAGCAACACACACUAACAAACGCUCUCCUUCCCCUUCCAAGCAAAAUCGCAUCACAGACUUGUUGAACUUCAGCAACUCAAAUUUGCAAAGACUACGUACAUGCUGAGAUGUUUCCAACACCAGUUCUUUGUUAAUGGCAACAGACCCGGGCCCCUCCAAGCAUCCCAACUCAAAUCCCGAAUCGCCAAUUCUAAAAUCGCCUAUCUACGGGCCAGAAUGACCAAAUAAAUAAUUGACCCACAAUUAAUAGUUGAAGAGUUUGCCAAGUACUAAAGCUUCCUGUACAAUCUCAAAGACGACCCCAAUACCCAUAUCCCGACUACAGAAGAUAUACACACAUUCUUAGAUACGGUAAGCCUACCUACCCUCUCAGCUGAGGACAUAGAACAGCUCUCUAAACCAUUUGAUCCCUCCAAAAUCUCACAAACAAUCUGACUAUUACAGAAACACAAAGCGCCGGGACCUGACGGGUUCACAAACUGAUAUUAUCAAACAUACCAGGAUAUCCUUACACCACACUUCACCGCGCACUUCAACAACUGCUAUCUCUCAGGUUUUCUGCCUGAAGAAAUGUUACAGGCCCACAUAUCCACCUUGCCAAAAACCUGGAAACCCCCUACCCAAUGCCAGAAUUUUAGGCCAAUUUCCCUCCUUAACUGUGACACCAAAAUUUAUGCAAAGAUUCUUUCUAAUAGGCUGGCAAAUGCACUCCCUAAACUAGUCCACAAUGACCAAUCAGGGUUUGUAAAGACCAGACAAGCAAUGACAACACUUAAAGGUUAUACCACCUGUUGCUCACACAUUGAGGCUCAUACAAAAUUAAUUUACUGGUGGUAUCUCACACUGAACUGCCUACACAAGAUAUAACCAGGGACACCAAAUACCUGUUGGAGGUGCAACACAGACAUAGGUAAUAUGACCCAUAUAUGGUGGACAUGCCCGGCAGGCAUUGUAGUCUGGGGUUGGGACAGUCUUCAGGGACUUGGCCAUGAUAGACAUUCCUAUCAACACUCACCCAUGCCUAUUCCUUCUAUUUCCAGUAAAAUAUCAAAUGCUGCUAAGCAAAGGGUGAUAAUUAUCAUCCUCGCAGCUCGUAAACUUAUAGUUUGCUCAUGGAAACAGUCCAUAUGCCCCUCGAUCCCCCAACUGCUAGUCAAGGUUCAACAAUAUUUUACUUAUGAGAAGAUGUCUGCUGACUCAAUCACCAAGGUUGGAAAAUUGCUAGAAGUUUGGCAGCCUUGGCUGCAAUACAAAAAAGGCCAUAUUCCCACACCCGACUCAGGCGACACUGCACUACCCAAAUUACUUUUGAACCUUACAGGCCCCAAUCAAGUAACCAAGUUGUCCCACUUGCCACACACUCUGACUAGAUCAGAGCUCUAGGAUAAGAACUUCAUCUCCUUCCUAAUGUUACUUCCCAACCCAACAUACACAAACACGUAUAUGGCCCAAAAGUGAAUUGUCAAUGUUUACAUAGUUGUGUAUGCUAUUGGAUUAAUGCUGUACUUUACCUGUAGAACAUCAGUUAACAGUUUACGUACCGUUGUAUAUAUGACAUUCUAAGAUUGCAUAUGCUGUGUACGAACUCGGAUGACUUACUUACAGUAUGUAUCCCCUUUCCAGCCUCCCUUCUUCUUAUUUCUGUACCCCUUCCCUCCUCAUUGUCUUUUGUCUUUGCUACUCAAAAUGCAAAUAAACAAUUAUUAUUAAAAAAAAUAUUUCUAAACUUAAGCUAUCUUCUAAUGACAAAUACUCCACUAAGACUAACUGAAAGCUCUCCUCUAACCGUACCAUCAAAUAAUCACAGUAGCCUAAAUAGAUAUAAUCAGAGCUUAAAAAUGUCAAGUCAUACACUACUAGACAGUCCUAGAAGUUACUUGCCACAAGCAUGGCGGGACCAUCACACACUCACCAGGGUCAAAUGUUUACUUGCCAGGACUGAAUUUUCACUUAUCAAUAGCUAGUGGUUGAGUUGAAGUUUUAAGUCUUGGAUAUACAGUAUAACCUAAGACACAGAUACAUUUAUUAAGAUAUAUACAUUUAAAUAGUUUCAGAUACAUUAUUAUAAUUUGUGGAUACAUUACCACUCCCAAUAGUGUCUUAAUUUUUCUCAUUUGUUACAUCUAAAUGUAACCACCUUUCACUAAACAUGUAUAUGUCUUUGACGUCUCCAGGGUCUGCAAUCAUAUUCUUUUAAUAUAUAUUCUUAAUUUAAUGUGAUAGUCUAUACCAGGGCUGUAUUUACCACAAGGCAGACCAGGCAUUUGCCUAGGGUGGCACUUUCAGGGGGAGCGCCAAAAAAUGCCACCCUAAGCUCCCAGACAAAUGCCUUGCUUGCCUUGUGUUCUGGGGCUGUCCACCUUACUGUGAGUGAGUGAGUGAGUGUAGCUGUCAGUGUGUGUCUGUGAGUGAGUGAAAGUGUGUGUGUCUUUCAGUGAGAAUGGGUGUGCCUGUGAGUGUAUGUCAGUGUGUGUAUGUCAUUUUAUGUGUAUUGUAGAGUGUGUGCCUGUCAGUGAGUGGGUGUGUCAGUGUGUGUCUGUCAGUGAAAGUGUGUGUUGGUUAAACAGUGUGUGUCUAUGACUGCAUGUGUGUGCCAAUGACUGUGUAUCUGUCAGUGCGUGUAUAUCAGUGCAUGUAUGAAUGAGGGCAUGUGUCUGUCAGUCAAAAAAGUGGCCUUGACACGAAUUGGGGGGUCAAUUUAGAUUUUGUGGGUGCCCGAAUUUAGUAGUGCCUAGGGCAGCACAAAUCCAAAAUACACCGCUGGCCUAUGCUACAUGUCUUUUUUAACAUAGUAUUUUGUUUUGUCCAUUGGUGUAAAGUUAUAUAAGUUGUCAGUAUGCUAUGGAGAGCAGAGAUGAUGGAAUGUGAGCCUAGAGCAGGUGUGUAAAUAAUUAUGUAGCAUAUGCCCGACAAGACACAAGACAGUACUAAGACAAAACUAAACUGUAAUAGCUUUAAAGCCCUUACACCAUGUUAAAAUAAAAAUACAAAAAAAACAACAAAUAUAGGCAGUUUUUAAAUGUAAAUUUAAUGAAACAAAACUCUCAAAGGUGACUGGUUCUUUUUAAGAAAUCUUUUUCUCAUUAAGGUCAUAGCCCUGUGGGUCACUAGAAACGGAUGGUUUGUUCUAGGAACUUAAGCAAUUUAUAGCCUUUGCUACACAAACUUUUUGGUAAUUAGGUUGUAUCCAGCUCAAGGGACUUUCAUUUUCCAUAUUUCUUGAUUACGCUAUAAUUCCAGAUACCUAAUUUCUGCAGGUUUUCCACAAACUGUGUUUUGCUUAUAGUAGUUAAUAGAAAUAUCUUCAAAUUGAAGAUGCACUGAUUUUCAAAUAGAUUCAUAUAAAUGCAACUUUGAUUGUCACCUAUUAUUGCGAAAACAUUUGGCAUUGCAUAUACAAUUCAUUUCUCUGAAGAUGUACGUCCUUUUAAUAAAAAUUAUGUUAUAUUCUGCAGCUUUGUCUCAUGAGUGGAGAAAUAAUUCAAAUGAGUUUGCAACAAAACGUGAUUUUUGAGGUUCUGGAUCUUGAGCAGGCAUCUCCUGCGACUGUCAGUAGGUAAGAUUACAUUAAUAUUUUGUAUUUGCUACAUUUAACCCUUAGAACUCUAGAUUGAAUGUCUUGAUAAUGGUAAUUGAUGAUAUGUCCCGACAAAAAAAUUUCAACCCAAUUGAAAAGCCAAUUGUGGCAUGGAGACCCAUAUUACAUUAGCAAAUCAAGUACAAACCCUAGUUAUGGUGGUGAUAUAGACUGCUCACCUUUUUAGGUAAUUCUCUUCCUACUUACUAUAAAUGUCUUUAUAGCUCAGUAGGAAUACCUUUCGAACAUGGUCAGGGAAGAAACUAAAUUCCUUGAUUAGGAAGUUUUUAAGUGCAUCACUGUGCAUAAAAAUAUUUAUUUUUUAUUUCUUUCCUACCAGCUAUGAUGGAUGAACUAAACCAUUAAACCAUAUUAGAACAUUUGUACCAGUUUAAGUUACAAUACUGUAUUCCUAAAUUUAUUGAGUCAUAUUUUCAGAAUUAAUUUUUAACCCAUAUUGUGCUAGUGAUGCCAGAUGUGUUGUGCAUGAUCCAAGUCUAGUUCUAGAUAUACAGACAGCUACAUUUUAUGCUAUCAAGGAUGGAUGAAAUAGAGCUCUCGGGAUACAGGAAAAGGAUAGGCCUGGAUGAAAUACAGCUCUCGAGAUACAGGAAAAGGAUAGGCCAUAACCUAAUCUAGAGCAGAAACACAAGAAUAUAUAGGUAGGCUGGUAUAUUACUGGAUCUUAGGGAAGAUGGGUUAAACGCAGAAGAAUUCCAAGAGGUGAAGCACAAACAAAGCAAUGUUCAAUAGAAGUUUAGAAUAAGCCUAGGUCGAGGUACUAGAAAAUCACAUAAUCAAGUAAACAAGCUGUGUCAACAAAUACAUAUCAGGCUUCUACCUAUAGAGGAGUACGUUUUAAUAGCAAAUAGUGAUGUCACUAACACCAUCUAUCUAUAUGAGAAUGGCAACACCUGAAGGUGUGCACUGAUGUAUGACUGAGGCACCAGGAGGCAAGGGUAGAAGCUGAUACAGAUGCUCAAGGAUUAUAAAUGACAUAGAGGAGCAGCAUUCGGCAUCAGUCCGGCUAAGCAGCGUUGGUGUUUUACACAGCGCAUCAGAACGAACGAUCGAUAUAUGUGCUACGUUUGUUGUAACAGCAGCAUAUUUUUAAAAGCAAAUCAACUAAAAUAUGACAAUUAUUAUAUUCGCAAGAGAGUACUGCCCUUGGUUGCUAUGCACCCAAUAAUAUACUGAGAAUUGCAGACAUAUGUCAAUUGCCCCAUAAUGUUGGCAAUUUAAAUUUUUUCUUUAAAUCAAACACGGAUGUCUUUAUUUUAGAAAAAAUAUGUUUCUGCAUGAAUUAGUGGAGUGUGACAAGCAAUCACUCUGUUGCUUAAACAUAAAGGCUACGUAGGUUUUAAAAUCGAAUUUGCUGGAAAAGGAAUAUGGGCUUAUUACUGACCAUGAUGACCACUAAUGCGAAUGAAUGGACUUAAAUAAAGACAAGGACCAUUUGACUACUUAUUUAUUGCCUGUGGUUUCAACUUAUCCCCUGUUGCAUCUUACAAGAUGCCUUUAUUAAAUGUUCUCUCUCUUCUGCUUUUCUUACCGAGAGAAAGGAAUCUCAUCCUACAUCUUAAUACCGUUAUCUGAACAAAAUAUUCCAAUAGAUUCCCUUGGGGACAAUAUGACCUUAAAGAAGAUAUGAAUGUUUUUGCAGCAGAGAUAAUAUGUUCUGCUGUAGUAAUAUGAUGCCAUUGCUUUAUGUUAAAUAGCAGAUUUGAACGAUAUACUAUAAACCCUUGAAAUGUGUAUUCGUUGCUAUACUAGAUUUAUUUUCUGAACAACAAAGCACCUAAGGUCCCAUUGAGUGCCUGCACAUAAUAGUUUUCUGCACUGGUUUAUUAACUUGUUAUUGCAAUUAGGAACCAAGGAGUAUACGGAAUAUUGAAAUUUGCAAUUAUUUUUUUUUUUUCCAAAAACAGUUAUUAAUAUUCAUCACGGUAGCUUUCCUCGUGAAAUAAUUGCUUGCACAAAAAUUUAAUAUAAAAUCUGAAACGGCAGAAGGCUGGUAGUGCAACUUAACAGAACAGACAAAUAGGAAAAACUACCUUAUACUAGGUUGACAUGUUUAAUAAGACAACCCGUGUAAGCUUCUGGAGAGCAAAAAUCAUUAUAUAUUGCAGUUUCGUGAUAGUUCAGGGGUCCUUACUUCAGUGCUGACAUGCUGACCACUGAUUGUGAGAGGUCUUUAAUCAACAAGCAUGGAGGCAGCAUUCCACAGAGACCCAGCUCGUUUCAAAACAUUUUACUAAACCAUCAAAUUAAGGCAGUGAGUAAAAUAGGAAACAGAAAGUACACCGAAAGGGGUUUUGCUCCAACAAAAGUGCUUCUGUCUGUCUGUCUGUCUGUCUAUCUUGGAAGCUGUUGGGAAAUAAAAACAAGAACAUAGAGACAGAACUGUGAUAAAUGUUAAUAUUGAUAGGAGAAAGCUGUAUCAACGAGUCAUGUCUUAAUUUUAUUUCAAAUUGGGCAUAGUUGUUCUUAUGUCCAGGUGGAGGAUGUUUUAGAACUAUGCACUCUGGGAAAUUAACUCCUCUUUUUAUCCUGAUUCAUAUGACAAUCAUACCUGGUGCAGUUGAAGACCUCGGGUGCUUUAAGCAGACCAUAAAUAAUUAUAUGUACUGUAGAUAUUAUGGCCUGUGCCCUCCACAUCUGCAUUCUGCUCCAUUUCAGUCUGGAAGGAUGCCUUUCAUUAAAUCCACACACUUCUAGUAUCUAAGCCAAAUAUAAAGGUUUUAUUACCAAAGUCAUAUGGAGUUAAAUGAGAGAGAUGUUGCAGUCCUGAAUGCCCACUCAUGCACCUUCUGGUGAUGCAAGAAUGAUGCACAGUCUUUACUUAGUUAAUGCCUCCGGCCACCAAGAUUCAUUUUAUUGCUAUGGUUAUAAUAAGUGCAUUGUGUUUGCCACUAAUUUGUAAGUUACUUAAACAUUGUUUUCACCAUGGCUGGAAUGCAGCGACCUCAGCAUUACAAUGAAUUCAAAUAACUGUGCCUUUGUUGUUUAAAGGGACACUAAUGGACCCAAAACAACUUUAGCUUAAUGAAGCAGUUGCUGUGUAUAGAUCAUGCCCCUUCAGUCUCACUUCUCAAUUCUCUGCCAGUUAGGAGUUUAAUCACUUUGCUUAUACAGCCCUAGUCACACCUCCAUAUAUGUGACUUGAACAGCUUUCCUAAAAUCUUCACCUAAAGAGGAAUCGAAUUGUUCAUUUAUUGCACAUUCUGUUUAAUUUAGAAUUUCUUAUCUCCUACUCUGUUAAUAACCUGCUACAGUCUGCUUGCAGUAGUCUCCUAUGUGUGAUUCAAGUUCACUUUUCAAGAAGUUAACAUCUGAUUGAAAAGGAGACCAUUUUUUUAUAAAGACAGUGUGUGUCACAGUCAGGGAAGAAGUGACCUAGGGCUGCAUAAAUGGAACAAAGGUGGUUUAACUCCUAAAUGGCAGAUAAUUGAGCAGUGAGACUGCAGAGACAUUUUCUAUACACUAAAAUGGCUUAAUUUAGCUAAAGUUGUUUUAUGUCUGUAGUAUCCCUUUAAGGUUAUAGUUCUUGAUGUACCAUGCUAUGUAUUAUAUUAGGUUUGCAUUGUUAUGCUUCACUUUGACACUGAUUUAUGAAUAUUACAGUGAAGCUUUCUCGCAGGAUCCAUAGAAAUGAAUGUAAUAUUUUGUAGGGUCUCUCACUGCUUGCAGCUUUAGUAAAACAGUCUUCAGUUAUUUUUCAGAGAUUUCUCUGAAUAGUAACAAAACAUUAAAGGGUCAAUCCAGGACAAUGCUCGUGUACUUAAUAGUUAAAGAUAACAUACCUGAUUUUAUGUAUGUGGCCCAAAUGGACAAGGUAAAAAAAAAGAAAAAAAGAUAAAACAGGUAAAAAAAAACCUCUCAAAUAUUUCUGAUUUUAAGCAUUUGGGCCCUAUAAUCAUCAGAGUCAAAUCCAGAACAAAUCCAAGCUUGUUCGUAGCCUGGGUUUCAAAAUACGGACAUUGUUAAGUAGUUUGAACAAUGUCUGGCUUUUUCAGUCUGUAUGACCUGUACGUUACUUACCGUAUAUACUCGUGUAUAAGUCGAUCUCAUGUAUAAGUCGAGUGCAGUUUUGUGACCAACAAUUGUGAAAUAUGCUAUGCCUCGUGGAUAAGUCGAGGGUAAAACUUGGGGCUAUGAAAUUCUGUGAUUUUUAUAAUUAUAUGCACACACACUCAUACAAACACACACUCUGCAUUAUAUAUACACACACUCAUACAAACACACACUCUGCAUUAUAUAUACACACACACACUCAUACAAACACACAUUCUGCAUUAUAUACACACACACACUCAUACAAACACACACUGCAUUAUAUACACACACACUCUGUGUAUAUAAUGCAGAGUGUGUAUAUAAUGAAGAGUGUGUGUUUGUGUAGUGUGUGUGUGAACUGGGUGGGGGGAGGGCAUUUUUAUUUUAAUUUUUUUAAUUUUAAUAUUUUUUGUUUUAAUUAUUUUAAUUUUUUUUGUCCCCCCUCCCUGCUUGUUAACCAGUCAGGGAGGGGGGCUAUCUUAAUCCCUGGUGGUCCAGUGGCAUGGGCUGUGAAGUGGGGGGCCAGCAGGAAGCAUUUACUUACCUUUCUUGCAGCUCCUGUUAGCUCCCUUCUCCUCCGUUCCGAUCAGCUCCACUGUAAGUCUCGCGGUCUGGUUGCCGCGUGGAUUGUUGCCACAGCUCUGGCGGCCGCGGCUCUCUAAGUUGCCAUAAUACAGACAGUGACUCGAGUAUAAGUCGAGUGGGGGUUUUUAAGCACAAAAUAUGUGCUGAAAAACUAGGCUUAUACUUUGUCCCAUCCAAUACAGAUAGUUUAAUGAAUAACAAUGCAAGUCUCUUUUGAGUUGGUUUAAUGCUGUUGCAGUAUAGUUAUUGCAUCAUACUGUUUGUUUACCAGUUACUUUUUAAGAUGACUUAUUAGAGUUGAAUUUUUUUAAAGAGAACACAACAUGUACACACAUUGAUCCAUAAAAAGUUACAAGUGAAUGUAUGGGGAGUUCACUGUUUUUACCAGCCACUAUAUGCAAUAUAUACACAAAUUUGUUUUUCAGAUGUGGAAUGAUCUACAUGGAAGCGAAGGACCUGGGAUGGGAGCCAUUAAUGGAAUCAUGGCUGAUGACUAAACUACCAGCCAAGCUUAGUGUGGAGGAAUGCCAAAUUGUCCAGGUAGGAAAUGUGUGCUCCUCAUUAUUUGUAGGAAUGAAAAAAAAGUGUUUUUGUGCACAAUCUUAUCAACAAUUUCUUGCUUCCUUGUCGCUACGGUCAGCACUUCAGCAUGUAAUAAAUAACCAGUGCUGUUGACAGGACAUUUUUUCUUUAUUUUGAUACCCUUACAGAAGUAAUCAUGCCUCCUGUCUGGUGUCAUCGAGAUAAAGACAAAUGUUCUGCAUUGCCUGACUGUCAAUGCAUUUCAGACAGAAGACCAAGAAAUGCACUAUUGCUAGAUACACUUGGAAUAACAUUUGUCUUGUCACGGGUGCAGAGUGAGCAAUGCAUAUACAUUUUAAAUAAAACUACAUAUUGGAUUUUUUUUAUGCAGCUUAAUAUAGAAGAAUGAAGGAAACAAUGUUCUAUCUAUCUAUCUAUCAUUUCUAAGAGCUUAGUUAAUUUUAAGCCUCAAAUUUAUAUUUUUGAAUAAUAUUUUCAAAUGAUUUACUAUUGUGAGAAAUAUUUUAAUGUUGUAAUAUUCUAAUAUUUUCAAAUGAUUUACUAUUGUGAGAAAUAUUUUAAUUUUGUAAUAUUCUGAAUUUUUUUUAUAUACGCUUUUGAAAUGUUUAUUUUUUGAAAAAUAAUUGUAAAAGUGUAUCCAAAAGGAUCAAAUCAUUUGGAAAGCUUAUCCAAAAAUAUUAACUCAAUAUAAUUAGAAGAUUACAUAGCCCUAUAUUUCUGUGAUUCUGGUCAUCAUGCAUGGUCAAUUUCCCAUUAGGCAGAACAGGCACCUGCCUACGGGGUCUGUCCUGUAGUGGGUGUCUAUGUACAGCCCUUAUUAUGUGCAGUUUUGGAACUUAGGUGGGCUGGUGAGGAGCCUUGGUCAGUGUCUUCUGCAGGGCUGCAAUCAGAAAUUUUGGGGCCCCUUACACAGCACAAGGUCUGGGCCCAAGAGCCCACCUCCAAGCCUGCUUAAAUGACCUGCCUCCAAGUCCACCCACAGGACCCACCCACAAGGAUGCAGUGUGUGUAAAAUGGACACAGGGUGUGUGUUGUGGAUCCAGUGUGUGUAAAGUGGGUGCAUUGUGUGUGUAAAGUGGACAAAGUGUUUGUUAGUGCAUGUGUAGUGGAAGCAGUGCAUAUGUGUAUUGGAUGCAGAGUGUGUAUAGGUGAAACCUGCGAAAAAAAAUAAUAAAAAAUAAAUACAGAGGGUGCACUCAAAGGUCUUUUUAAGGUACUCAUUGUUUAAUGUUUAAACAGUCAAAAUUACAUAAAUGUGCACGACCGACGUUUCAACACUACAGGUCUUUAUCAAGAUCCUGAAAAAGGGGUCCAGUCGCGUUAUUAAAGGGCUGCAGUGCUGACCAGGCUCCUGAAGACAUAUCCCAUUGGGUGGAAUGGGCCACCCGAUGGGCCCCAUCAGCAUGCGGGCUUUGGUGCAGCUACACCUGCGGCAGUUUGCCGACUGCACGUCAGGCAUGUUGGGCCCACAUGACUGGGUCCUCCAGGACCACUGGGCCCAUGACAACUGUCAUGAUUGUCAUGCCCUGACGGCAUCCCUGGUCCUCUGUAAUCUAGUCUGCCUCCUAUGCUUGAUACUAGAGCUACAGAAACAGUUAGAGGUGUGGUAAAUCACAGUGAUACGUCAAUUCCUUCCUGGUCUGUGUGUGAGAAUGUACAGAAAAUAGAGGGGAUCAAUUCCCAUCUGUCCAUUAACAGCCUCUCACAGGAAAUACCUUGCAGGAGGAGCAAGGACAGCACUGAGUGAUGUACACUGUAUAAAGGUUCCUGCAGUUCUACUAUCAAUCAUACGAAAAGGAGAGUACUUUGUAAAUAACUCUUCAAACUGCACAUACUGUACCUUAAACACCCUUUUUCUCUAUCCCUAAAUUGAACCACUCCUAAAACUUAAAAAACCUAUUUCCUUAUUCCCAAAUUGAAGUACUCAAAGCCUAAACCUGAAACAAAACCCAUUACAUUAAUCCUAGGUUUGUCUCCUAUUAAAAUAAAACACAUAAUGUACCCCGAUAAUAAAUGUAAACUCACUCUAACCCUAAAACCAAUCAUUCUAAACACUCCUUAUACCAACUACUAUAACAACUCUCACGUUUUUAAUCUGAUUAACACAAAACACCCUAUGUCAUCUGUAAAGUAAAUCUGACAUGCACCCCUCUCGAACAAUAAAACUCCCCUUCACCCUAAUCUCUUUAAUAUUUUAACCCUGCAUCCCUUUACACACUUGCAUACACUCACUAAACUCACAGAUUCAAACACUAUACAAUCAAAAUAGAAAUGUGCACAUACAUACAUAUGCAGUUGUCAACUUUGAAUUUGUUUUUAAGAUUUUUUUUAUGCCUGCAACAACCAGUUAAUAAAUUCAGUGAACUCACUUCAUCUGACUUUUGGAGGGGGAAGCAGAGGCACAUUUGAAUUAUGUGCCUACAGGCACUUGACAUGUAAAUGUGCAUUAUUUUAACAUUCUUUUACAUUAUUUUUGACCAGAAAAAAAUUUCCUCCUUAAGUGCAAUGCCAGCUUUUGUUUAAAGCACGUACCCACAUGCAAGCUCUUUACCAUUACUCUGCCGACAGACAGCCCUAGCUGGUCUCCCAGGAAUAAUGGCAUACCCUCUUACUUUGCAUUCUAAGGCAAUUAUUAAAGAUGCGCUAAUAACUUUACCAUCUUAUGAACAUAAUCCAUUUUGACUCUCUAACCAUUACACACAUUCCAAUACUAUUUACAUUACUUUACACAUAUUUCCCUUAUAUACCCCUUGAUCACAAUUAUAUAUCAUACACUAUACAUAGAAAUUACUAAUAGAAUUCUAAUAAAAAUUAAAAUAAUUUAGAUAAAAUUAAAUCUACAUUAGUGUUUUGUUCCAGUGGGCUAUCUUUGAACAACAAGUAAUUUGAAAAUAUCAGCUGAGAAUUUUGGGAAAAAAGAGUGAUCGAAAAAGAUGAUAUUGCCUUACUGCAGGAUUCCUGCAAGUACCGCCAUAUCAAUAAAAGGAAAUGAUCGAAAGAGUGCGUAUUAGCUAAUUUAAUAUGUUCCCUUAUUUGAUUUCCAGUCAGUGUUAGUAGAAGCUGAUGAAGUGUGCUCUAGAAGUGACCCUGUCAAUAAAUGUGCAGGAAAGAACCUUACUAAAAAUAGAGACUCGUUCAGAAAAAAAACCUGGUUUCUAUGGAAAGGCAAAUAUAUUUAAUAAUGGUGAAUAUUCCACUUUCCUUAACUGCCAUUUAUCAUAUAUAAAAUACUAUAUAAAAGAAAUAUAAUAGGGGGGCAUGGCCGACCACGGAGCUGAACAAUCGCAUGUCUGUGGAGCUCUGCAUCGGCCCCACAGACUAAGAGCCUUACAGAGCAGAAAUCAGCUCCAAAAACACGCAGAUUACCUGCCACCCGACAGCCGACAACAUGGGGCGCAAACAUAGAAAGCAAACUCACACGGAGCGUCCCGCGGCACCCGACAUCAGGCUGGCAUUUCAGAGGCCUACACAGGCGCGGCCCGCCAAGAUGGCGCCGGAACCGCAGAGUGAGUUGGAGACCUCUGACGAUUCCCAGGAAGAGAGGGACUCCCAAGCUUCCCUCCCAGGCCCCACUCCCAGGUCUGACUCGGAGGAGGAUGACUCCCCAUCAACAAAAGGGGACAUCAGAAGGCUGCUGACUGACCUAAGGCAGGUCUGGAAGGCCGACUUAAAGGAGACACAUGCAGAAAUAGGGGUCUUGCAGCAGAGAGUCCAGGAGGUGGAAAACAGAGAAAGCUCAAGAGAUCACCAACUCCAAGACACCAAACUGCAACUGGAGGGUCUUACUGGGCAGGUCCGACGCCUACAAGGAGCGGUGGUAACACUUGAAACCAGACACCGCCGACGCAACGUACGCCUCAGAGGUAUUCCUGAAACGGUGAGCGGUGAAGAAUUACUGCCCUUUGUCCGGAGACUCACCUCCUCCAUGGGCCUUGGAUGUAAAUCAGACACCCCACUGAUACUGUCCACCUUCAGGGUGCGCAAAUCGCCAGCGGCACCCGCUGGUGCCCCCAGAGACACCAUAGCCACCACCAGAGACAUAGCGGCGAGAGCUGCAAUCAUGGCCGGAUCCAGAUCAUUGGGCGCGGUAAAAUUUGAGGGAUGCGAGGUGGCCAUAUACAGUGACCUCCCUUUCGCAGUGCUUGCAGCAAGGAGACUACUAGCACCAGUCACUAAGAGACUGAGAGACCAUUCGAUCCGGUACCGAUGGGGCGCAGAGGGAUCGCUAACGGUACAAAAGGGCGCCGAUACACUCACCCUGACCUCGGGAGACGACCCAGAGACAUUCCUCAAAAAACUAGGCAUAUUAGCCAAUGGACACAGAAAGCAACAUGAGAAACGCAACACUUAACUAUAAUAAUAAUGAUGGUUUAUUUUAAUUUUUAUUGUAUGCAUAUAAGCCAAUGAGGAAAGCUUCUCCCUAUUCUUGCUACCCCUAACCCAACACUCCAUGCUAUUAACCUAUAGCCCUAGAUACCUGACCCCACGUAUAUAUAUGGGAUAUACAGAUUGAGCCGGAAGAUUGUUGAAAUCUAGCAACCUCGAAUAUUAAGCAACCUCUUUAAGUAGAGAUCUCCGUCGAAGAGUAGAAAUGUACAAAUUGUUCCCCCACCAUGCCGCAGCAAGGGCCUCUCUGACAUUGUGAAUGUUACUCUGCUUGUAGCCCAACGAAAUGUUAUUUGAUCCUGUUCUACCCUAUAUAAUAACACAUAUAAUGGAAAAUUGUAUACUGUGUGUACAAAACCUAAUAAAAUACAAAUUUAAAUAAAAGAAAUAUAAUAACCCCUUUUGCAAAUAAGAAGAUUUUUUUUUUACAAUAGCAUUAUAAUUAAAAGUCAGGAAUAUGUUCGUAAAUAAUAACUUCUGUACAAAUGUAAAAUUUAUUUUAUUUUACGCAAACUAUUUAACUAUUUAACUAUUCCGUACAAAGUGAUUUGUAAUAAAUUGAAAAACAACUCGACAACAUUCAGGCAAAAAAAUGGCCAAGCUGUGAUUAUGUGGUUAAAUAUUUUUUAUUUAUUUUUUUACAGAUCAGCUAUUUAAGCUUUUAGUUUUUUUUAGUUUGGAGUUUCUGUUCAUUACAAUGCUCAUUUUAGAAAAAAAAAAUUGCUUAUACGGCAAAAUUCUCCAAUUCAGCUUUUUUCCCUAAAUUUUGCCAUCCAGAAUGCAAUCCACUACAAUUAGUAGUUUAUCAAUUUUUUUCUCUCCUAUUCACUACAAAUUGUUAAGGAAACUUAAAUUAAUCUGAUUGUAAAAUUAUUAGAAUAACUGAUUUACUUUCACUGUAGGUGAAAGUUUAGGAUCCAGUGAUCAUGAGUCAGUGUGGUUUAAUAUAAGAACAGUGACUGAGUCACACCACACAAAAACAAAAGUUUUAGACUUUAGAAAAACAGACUUUUCUAAAAUUAGAAUAUGGGUAGAGGAGUCAUUAUCAGACUGGAGCAAUUUAAAUGGAGUCCAAGAGAAAUGGGAUUAUUUAAAAGUUGCACUAUUGAAGGCAACAGAAAAUUGCAUUAGGCUUGUCAGUAAAAGCAAAAAAUUCAAGAAACCACUGUGGUACUCCGCAGAUGUGGCCAAAAUAGUUAAAAACAAAAAGUUAGCAUUUAGGAAUUAUAAAAAAACCCAGAGUGAGGGAGACAAAAUGAUCUAUAAGAUUAGGCAGAAAGAGGCUAAGCAAGUUAUAAGAGCUUCCAAAUCACACACAGAAGAGAAAAUAGCACAGUCAGUAAAAAAGGGGGAUAAAACAUUUUUUAGAUACAUAAAUGAGAAAAGAAAAGUAAAACAAGGAUUAGUUAGAUUAAAAACAAAAGAAGGAAGGUAUGUAGAAGAGGAUAAAGGUCUAGCUGACUGCCUCAAUGAAUAUUUUUGUUCUGUAUUUACAGAUGAAAAUGAAGGAAAGGGACCUCAGUUGAGAAAAAGGAUAAAUGAGUCAUUUAUUACACGUGAGUUUACAGAGGAAGAGGUUCUAUUUCAACUGUCAAAAGUAAAGACAAAUAAGUCAAUGGGACCUGAUGGAAUACACCCAAAGCUAUUAAAAGAGCUUAGUGGUGUACUAGCAAAACCAUUAACAGAUUUAUUUAACCAAUCAUUGUUAACAGGUGUAGUCCCAGAAGAUUGGAAGUUAGCGAAUGUUGUGCCCAUUUACAAGAAAGGUAAUAGGGAGGAGUCGGGCAACUAUAGGCCAGUAAGCCUUACUUCAGUAGUGGGGAAAGUGAUGGAAACCAUGUUAAAGGAUAGGAUUGAUGAACAUCUAAAAACACAUGGAUUUCAAGAUCAGAGACAACAUGGGUUUACUUCAGGGAGAUCAUGCCAAACUAAUCUUAUUGAUUUUUUGAUUGGGUAACUAAAAUUAUAGAUCAGGGUGGUGCAGUAGACAUUGCUUACCUAGAUUUCAGUAAGGCUUUGACACUGUUGUACAUAGAAGGCUUAUCAAUAAACUGCAAUCUUUAAGUUUGGAUUCCAAUAUUGUUGAAUGGGUAAGGCAGUGGCUGAGUGACAGGCAACAGAGGGUUGUAGUUAAUGGAAUAUAUUCAAAGCUUGGACUUGUCACCAGUGGGGUACCUCAGGGAUCUGUACUUGGACCCAUUCUCUUUAAUAUUUUUAUUAGUGAUAUUGCAGAAGGUCUUGAUGGUAAGGUAUGUCUUUUUGCUGAUGAUACUAAGAUAUGUAACAGGGUUGAUGUUCCAGGAGGGAUAAGCCAAAUGGCAAAUGAUUUAGGUAAACUAGAAAAAUGGUCAGAAUUGUGGCAACUGACAUUUAAUGUGGAUAAGUGCAAGAUAAUGCAUCUUGGACGUAAAAACCCAAGGGCAGAGUACAGAAUAUUUGAUAGAGUCCUAACCUCAACAUCUGAGGAAAGGGAUUUAGGGGUGAUUAUUUCUGAUGACUUAAAGGUAGGCAGACAAUGUAAUAGAGCAGCAGGAAAUGCUAGCAGAAUGCUUGGUUGUAUAGGGAGAGGUAUUAGCAGUAGAAAGAGGGAAGUGCUCAUGCCAUUAUACAGAACACUGGUGAGACCUCACUUGGAGUAUUGUACACAGUAUUGGAGACCGUAUCUUCAGAAGGAUAUUGAUACCUUAGAGAGGGUUCAGAGAAGGGCUACUAAACUGGUUCAUGGAUUGCGGGAUAAAACUUACCAGGAAAAGUUAAAGGAUCUUAACAUGUAUAGCUUGGAGGAAAGACGAGACAGGGGGGAUAUGAUAGAAACAUUUAAAUAUAUAAAGGGAAUCAACACAGUAAAGGAGGAGACUAUAUUUAAAAGAAGAAAAACUACCACAACAAGAGGACAUAGUCUUAAAUUAGAGGGACAAAGGUUUAAAAAUAAUAUCAGGAAGUAUUACUUUACUGAGAGGGUAGUGGAUGCAUGGAAUAGCCUUCCAGCUGAAGUGGUAGAGGUUAACACAGUAAAGGAGUUUAAGCAUGCAUGGGAUAGGCAUAAGGCUAUCCUAACCAUAAGAUAAGGCUAGGGACUAAUGAAAGUUUUUAGAAAAUUGGGCAGACUAGAUGGGCCGAAUGGUUCUUAUCUGCCGUCACAUUCUAUGUUUCUAUGUUUAGAGCUACACAUAUAUCAUGUUUUGAUCUAAAUGUAGUAAAAAGUGUUUUUUCAUUUGGAGAACACAAUGGCAAAAGCACUUCUCACAUUUGUAAUUUUUUGCUGAAAUACAUAAUAAAUUGCUUUAUAUUUUUUUUUAAUGGCUGGCAUACAUUAUAAGUAAGUUCCAUAAAAUAAAUCAUAUUUCAUUAAAAUGUUUAAAUUGCCCUAUGUAAUUCAAUUUCCUAGUGUACUGUAAAUUUAUAUUAGUAAGAGAUAUAUUAUCCAGUGUACUCUUUUCACUAGAGAUGAGAAAAACUCCUUCACUUUGUGGCACAAUCUGUUUUAACAGGUUAUUUUUUAUAUUUUUUCUUUUUUGAUAUUUUUUUUCAAAAACUGCUCUUUUGCUCUUCAUUUUCAAAGCUGGUUCUAACAUUUAAACUCAUUGCUUAGUAAUUAUAUCCCAGGUAUAUGUUUCCCCAAUUAUAUAAGAAGGGGUGUAUAAAGUAGAAAAAAAUAAUAAUUUAAUUUAAACCAAUAAAAGAGAUUGUAGAGAUGAACAGUGGAAUCAAAAUAGGUAUUCCAUAUUAUGUUUUGCCUAAUAAAAGGGAAAUAUAAUCAAGUUAGUGUAAUCCAUGAGAGGUACCUGUACUUAAGAAAUAUCAUUAGUAUUGUUGUUGGACUAGAAAUGGCAAAAUUGGCAUCCCCCAUAAAAGUAUCCUAAAGGAUUAUGAUAUAUAUUUUAUUACACAUAAUAUUCAACUCUUUACCUCCUUAAGAGACUCAAUACUGUGGCCAGAGCCAUAGCUGGACACAUUUGUGUUUGACUUAUUGUGAUAGGGCCGUCACUAGACUGAUUGCAGACAAGUAGUCUAGUGUUGCCUUCUACUGUCCUCCUUCCUUACGCUUCUCCCCUCCCCCCCCCCACUCUGGUACAUAAAGGGUUAAAAAAAACACUUUCUGUACCCACCGGAUCCCAGUGCCAAUCUUCUUCUGUGCUGGGUCAAUGCUCCACCUUCUCUGAUGUCAUUCGACAGGGGGGGGGCUAAUGUGCAUGUGCGGCGAGCACUGUGAGAGCAUUAGGCCCUCCUUAUAGGAAAGCAUUGACUUAAUGCUUUCCUCUGGGGAUUUCACUGAUGCUGGUUAGGUGACCUGCAAUCUGGUAAACAGCCUCAGUACUGCAAUAUAAAACUGCAAUGCUUUGUAUUGAAUGACUAAGGGCAAUAGGAAACUUUACCCAGAUCACUUCAAUGAGCUGAAGUGAUCUGGGUGCCUAGUGUUCCUUUAUGCAUAUAUUACGAUUAAGGCCUCACGUCCAAAAUGUUGUAUCUUUAUGAUACUACACUGUGCAGCCUUGUCAGUAAACUGAUUGCAGCAGCACUAUGGUUCCUAUCAGCUUGUUCAGCUUUUCCAUACAUCAAAAGUAGACAUAAUCAAAUUCCACAGGUUUUUCAUGGAUCCAAAUGUUUCUAAAAAUGCUAUACACAGAAAUAAGCUGGAUAUGUACUUGAGAAAAUACAGCUUGACGCUUGAAUUAAAUGAGUUAGCUGUUAUUACUAAUUAUUCAAUUAAGAGAUUCAUUUUGGAGAAUGAAUUUGGGCAGGCUGGUCAAAUUCCCAAACUCUGAGCCGAAAUGUCACCAAUUCACGAACGAACCAAAAUGUGCAAUGUCAAGUUUGUCCAUUUUGGUUAAUGAUGCUGAAUUCAGCCUGUGGCAACAAAAUAUAGAGAUGAUUAUGUAUAUAUUUUGCUGUACACCGAUUGCCCUUUUUCAACGCCUUUUGGUUUUUCUAAUUCGUACACAAGCUAGUUUUUCAGCACCUAAAUUCUGCCAAGCCAAACUUUCAUUCAACUCAAAUUUGGGCAUCAUCAAAAAAACGUACAAGGCUACUAAUUCUACAUGAUCAGAACUAAACUCAGUAUAUAUCCAUCAAAUAGAGUACGUUUCUAAAGACAAAGACGAUUCUUCCACUGUGGGAAUCCUUCUCUCUACACUACUAGAAGAUGGUCAUAGAGCUGGACCACCUUUGCAUCUUGUAUAACUUAUAUAGCUAUACAACUGUCUAAAGAGGGGUAUUUCAAAAAUAACAAAAGAACAGAUGUUACAAACAUUUUUUCACAUGGACAGUUUCUGAAAAUUAAUAGCAAAUGUCAUGUUUUAGUCCAAAAUAGCAAAUUGAAUCUUCCAACUCUAUCAAUAAUUCAACAAUUUUGGAAAAUUCCUGCUGAGUUCAAUAUACACAGGGUUAUUUAUUAAAGUGAGAAUUCAAAGUGAAUUUCAAAUUCAAGGCCAGAGUACCUGAACUGAAAGCAUAGCAUGAUUUUUAUUCGGUUCACCUAUUUUGACCUUAAAUUUGAGAUUCACUUUGAAUUCUCACUUUAGUGAAUAACUAAUAACUAACCACUUUUUAAAUAAAAAAAUAAAAAAACAAAGCUCUUCAAACCUUUGCAUUUUGCACUUUGCAUGUUUGGUUUACUGUCAUGAGUAAAAAUUAUUUAAUUAGUUCUGCAAUUAUUUUAAAAUGAUCAGUUCUAUUAUUCAAGAAGUGCAUGUGUACGUGUACGUGUGAACAAAACACUUAAAAAUUUGGUAUAUGAUCAGCUAUUUUUUUCAACCUGCAUUCUCCACCUCCAGCUGAUAACCCAGAUUUUUGAAUCCUUGCCUACUAACUUGUUGUACGUUACACGCUAUACAGAUGGAAUUCUGUAUAAUUGUUUUAAAAGAAGUUGCCAUAUGGUCCAAAACACAGAAGAUUAUUAUAUUAACACUGGCUCUAAUAUGUUUCACCAUGCUGUUAUUUUAUCUAAACUUGUCUUGAUGUAUCAUUCAAUAUAUGAAUAAUUGCAGGCGCUGUAACUGAUGAUACCAAUUUUAACAUAUGGUGUUGCUAAAUUUGGUGUUUUUUCUUUUAAUUUGUAAUGAAAUGGCCUUCUGAAGUGUUAGCUUAUUAAUGAUGAAAUAAAAAUGCAGUCUAUGGAAUUAUUGGGACUGCAUUGCAUGCCUUAGGUGAUAUUAUAUAUAUAUAUAUAUAUAUAUAUAUAUAUUGCUGUAUGCUGGUUAUGGUAAAUUUCAAAUAUACAAACCUAAUAGUCUUCUAAUAAUCAGUAUUGUUUUAUUCUUAAUAUACCCUCCAAAUCAUAUAUGGAUAGGAACAUUGUUCCCAUGAGUUUACAUUAAUUUCAAAGUUGUUAUAGUUUUAUUUUUGAAAUUAUUAUUGUCUUUUAUUUCCGAGUGGAAAUAAUACUUUUUUUAUGCAGUUUUGAAAUUGUAAUAUAAUUGUUAAUGCAAAUAAGAACAUUUACACUGUUAAUUUCUCGAAAAGGUUCUCGGAAAAUAUAAUUGUAUCUGUUAUAAAAAUGGUAACAAAUAAACAUGUUUGUGUGAAACUGAGACUAGAAUAAUAUUGCCGAGGUUCACCUUCAUUAUCUAUCUAUUUCAACUUAUUUUUAGACUCGGUUUUUAGUCAAUAUGUGCUAAUGAACAAAUUGAAAUGUUGCAACCAUGGUACAAUGCGUAUUGAAAUAUAAUUUUUAUUAGCUAUUUAGGUAGAGUGAAUAUGAUUUGGUCUAUACAAACAGUUCUAAUAUGAUAAUUUAAGAGAUAUAUUUAUGUCAAUAUAAGCAUGUAUUUUUGCUAUUACUUUUAUUAUGUUACAGUUAAUAGGGUCCUUUCACAUAUUUUAAAUGAAACUUGGUUGAAAGUCUCCAGACGAGGUUGGUUCAAGAUGUGUUUAUUAUUAUUAUUAUUUUAUUAUUUAUAUAGCGCCAACAAAUUGCGUAGCGCUGUACAAUGGGUGGACUAACAGACACAUAAUUGAGAUCAGACCACUGGACGUACAAGAACAGAGGGGGUUGAGGGCCCUGCUCGAUGAGCUUACAUGCUAGAGGGAGUGGGGUAUAGUGACACAAAGGGUUAAAGUAGGGGAAUUAAAUAGUUUGUUAGAUAAGGGUUUAUUGAGUGCUUGGUAGGUCAUUUUUGACAGUUGCAGGAAAGGAGUCAUGGGGUGGGGGAUGAGAAACCUGCUGACAGUUUAAUUGAUACGCUUUAAUGAAGAAGUAAGUUUUUAAAGAUUUUUUGAAGGAGUGGAGGCUGGGUGAAAGUCUGAUUGAGGAGGGAAUGGAGUUCCACAGAAUAGGUGCAGCCAUUGAGAAGUCUUGAAGGCGAGAAUCAGAGGUGGGAAUCCGGGCAGAGGAUAGGCGUAGGUCUUGGGCUGAGCGCAGGGGUCUCGAUGGGAUAUACUUGUGUAUGAGGGAGGAUAGGUAUGUUGGAGCAGCAUUAUGUAGGGAUUUGUAAGCAAGCGCCAGAAUUUUGAAUUGGGCCCUAUAUCUAACUGGAAGCCAAUGCAGGGACUGACAGAGCGUGGAGGCGUGGGAGGUGCGACCGGACAGGAAAAUAAGCCUUGCAGCCGCAUUCAUUAUAUAUUGCAGCGGUGCAAGCUGGGAACAUGUAAGACCGGUGAGAAGGGGAUUGCAAUAGUCAAGGCGAGAGAGAACAACAGCAUGAACCAGUACCUUAGAUAUGGGUGUUAUAAACCCAACUUAUAAAUAUACUAUUCAUACUAGGUUAAGUAUGGGAUAAAAUGCAGACUCAUUUCAAUGUUAGUUAAAAACAUUUUCAAUCAACCUUUAAAAAUGUUUUGAAAUCAUGGGGAGUGUGCUUAAAAUAACAUACUAUAAGUAUGUAAUAUAUCUACUGCCAUCUCUCAUUCGCAUUGGGAUAUGAAUAAGUACUGGGAUGAAGAUUUGACACUUAAUAUAUGUGUGGAGUCUGCUGGACCCAAGAGUAAUAAAAGAAGACCUGUAAAAGAGGCCCCAUAAUCAAUUUUGCACCAAAUUUCGCUGCCUAGGUGUUUUCUUUGACUCCGUCUUCUCCUUCACGCCUCAUGUUCAGUCUAUCGCCAAAUGCUGCCACUUCCAUCUCAAAAACAUUGCAUGCAUCCGACCCUACUUAAUGCCAGAUGCGACUACGGUGCUGGUCCAUUCCACUGUCCUUUCUCACCUGGUCUUACGUGCUCCCAACUUGCACCGUUACAGUCCAUAAUGAAUGCAGUGGCAAGUAUCAUCUUCCUGUCCGCCCGCUCCGCCCACGCCUCACCCUUCUGUCAGUCCCUACAUUGGCUUCCUGUAAGAUAUAGGGCUCAAUUUAAAAUUCUGGUUCUUGCUUUCAAAUCUCUACAUAAUGUUGCUCCCACCUAUCUAUCCUCCCUAACACACAAGUAUGUCCCGUCUAUGCAUGCCCUUACGCUCUGCUGAAGACUUACGGCUCUCUUAUAUCCGUACUCCCACCUCUGAUACUCGCCUUCAAAACUUCUCGAGGGCUGCACCAUUCCUGUGGAACUCACUUCCCACCUCCGUUAGAUGCUCACUGUAACGGAUCGCCUGGCACCCCGACUGGGUACCUCCGUUAAAGAAUGCUCCUAGCGCUUCCUGAGGACUCCAAGCACUGCAGCAGACACCACAACCACCGAACCGGAGAAGCAUAUGAAUCCUCUCAAGUAUAUGAAUGCUGUAGACAGUUGAAUAGGAACCAUACGAAUAGGUUUACUCUCCUAGCAGUCAAACUGGAACAGCAUACAAUGAAUCCUUCCCCCAAUAAUGAGACGACACUUCACUUUGAGGGUUAAGCAGGAACUCAGGUGCUGGCACACGCAGCCUGGUUUUUAUUACAGUCUUGCAAAUACAGGACCGCCCACAGGGAGGUAUAAAACAACCAAUCACAUCACAGUUACAUCCCACAUAUUCCCUCCCCUUAUCCUGAGAGGAAACUCAAUUACACAUACAGUUAAAAACAUACUUUCUACCCAACUUUCAUAACUCUAAAACCAUACAUCACAUUCACAUAAAAUUACAUAUUCACAAUCAAUCCAUUCAGGGGAACAACAUAUUAAAAAAUGGCACAAAUCAGACAAGGGGUUCAAAAGUUAGGGAAAGUCCUUUGUGACUAAAUGAAGCAUGGCUUUCUGGCCAAAACCAGUUUCAGAGUCUUCUAUCCUGGAGAGUAAUUCAAUUAUCUCCCAGGAUAGACACAAGACUCCAUUAAGCACAUGGUUGCAAAAAGACACAAAACACUUUAAAAUACAUAAAGUCACAUUUACACAUAACACACAGACAUUUCACAUAUCCCCAGAUAGCUGGGACCUGAGUGCACAUUAUUAGAUGAAUGGCACUCAGAUCACACAAAUAAGCCUUUCUGCAGGGGAAAUAAACGGUUUAACCUGCAGGGCCAUAGUCCAAAGGGAGCAGGCGAGCAACCAGGCUUCUCCAGGUCACAGUGGCGAGGUUGAUUUCGCCACACUUCUCCCCUUUACCAACUAGACUAACAGGGUAUCUGACCUCCUGCCGGUCAGUGCCCUGGUUAGUCCAGCAACCCACCCACAAAACAGAAACAGCAGUACAGCCCACCCACAAUAACUGGUUACUACACCUGGGUAGAGGAGAACUUUGUCCAUGUCCAGGUGCCUCACCACGACUUUGUGGGCAACUGUUAGGCUGCCUUGGUGGGUUGCUGAGUGGGCAGAGACCAGCGGUACUCUGCCCUGAUGCCAGUGCUACCACGGAAGUAGCCUGGUGGGAGCCUGGUUGUGGGAGGGAGAGAUCGACUGUCUCCCCUCUGGAUACACCGCUCUGUGGCUGGGGAACAGGACCGACUGUCCCUACCCCUUGUGCUGUAAGUGCAGAGACUACAGUUCCAUCUGCACUGUUGGGGGGUGUAACAUCUCCCCUUGCUGGGUUAAGCUGCCGCUGGAGAGAGGGUGUAACAAGCUCCUCUCUCUGAACUGUAAACUGCCGCUGGGGAGAGGGGGUAUCAGGCUCCUCUCCCUGACACUCUCUCUGCUGGUGGAGAGGGGGACCAGCUGUCUCCCCUUUCAUUAUUUUGUCCUGUGGUUGGGGUGCGAGACUGACGGUCUCUGCUCCCUGCAGGACACUCUGCCGCUGGGGAGGAAGGAUUGCACCUUCAGCUCCCUGGGGUACACACUGCAGCUGGGGAGGAAGGACUGCACCUUCAGCUCCCUGGGGUACACACUGCCGCUGGGGAGGAAGGACUGCACCUUCAGCUCCCUGGGAUACAUACUGCCGCUGGAGAUCUGGGCCGACCGCCCAGCAUCCCUGUAGGGCCGGUAGAGAGACCGCCGUCCCAUCUCCACCUGCCAUCUGUAGGUCUUCCCAGGACCAGUCUGUGAGGUCCCUCAACAUUUGCGAGUAAGGACCACCUGCUUCCGCACCUGGCAACUCCGGCUGCUGCUGGGGAUCUGGGCUGGUCCCAUCUCCACCUGCCUGUUGUGGUUCCUCACAGGACCAGUCUAUGAGGACCCCUACUUCGGGUUCCUGCGGCCGCCUCAGGGGGAGACGGCUAGCCUCCUCGGAUGCAGCCUCUGCUCGGCUGCUGUAACACUCCUUCCGCUGAGCAUACUCUCUCUCUUUCGCCAGCCGGAAUUCUCGGGCCAGCCUUGUGUUUCGCUCGGCCGUGACCUGGUUCCAGAUCACCCAGCGUACCUCCAUGGGUAAAUCAUCCCCAUACUGGGCCACUCGCUGCCUCACCUCGGCCAUCCAAUCAUCGCCAGAGCCUUCCAUACUUGUCUGCUCCAAGUCGCUGGAUACCUCUGCUCCCAGGGUCACUGCACGUGUGCUAGCGUUGCCCUCAAUUUGUAACUCCACGAACGGUGUCUCUGAGCUGCUGUACCUCGCACUAGGACGCCAUCCCACCGCUUGCCACCAAUGUAACGGAUCGCCUGGCACCCCGACUGGGUACCUCCGUUAAAGAAUGCUCCUAGCGCUUCCUGAGGACUCCAAGCACUGCAGCAGACACCACAACCACCGAACCGGAGAAGCAUAUGAAUCCUCUCAAGCAUAUGAAUGCUGUAGACAGUUGAAUAGGAACCAUACGAAUAGGUUUACUCUCCUAGCAGUCAAACUGGAACAGCAUACAAUAAAUCCUUCCCCCAAUAAUGAGACAACACUUCACUUUGAGGGUUAAGCAGGAACUCAGGUGCUGGCACACCCAGCCUGGUUUUUAUUACAGUCUUGCAAAUACAGGACCGCCCACAGGGAGGUAUAAAACAACCAAUCACAUCACAGUUACAUCCCACAUAUUCCCUCCCCUUAUCCUGAGAGGAAACUCAAUUAUACAUACAGUUAAAACAUACUUUCUACCCAACUUUCAUAACUCUAAAACCAUACAUCACAUUCACAUAAAAUUACAUAUUCACAAUCAAUCCAUUCAGGGGAACAACAUAUUAAAAAAUGGCACAAAUCAGACAAGGGGUUCAAAAGUUAGUAAAAAGUCCUUUGUGACUAAAUGAAGCAUGGCUUUCUGGCCCAAACCAGUUUCAGAGUCUUCUAUCCUGGAGAGUAAUUCAAUUAUCUCCCAGGACAGACACAAGACUCCAUUAAGCACAUGGUUGCAAAAAGACACAAAACACUUUAAAAUACAUAAAGUCACAUUUACACAUAACACACAGACAUUUCACAUAUCCCCAGAUAGCUGGGAUCUGAGUGCACAUUAUUAGAUGAAUGGCACUCAGAUCACACAAAUAAGCCUUUCUGCAGGGGAAAUAAACGGUUUAACCUGCAGGGCCAUAGUCCAAAGGGAGCAGGCGAGCAACCAGGCUUCUCCAGUUCACAGUGGCGAGGUUGGUUUCGCCACACUCACCUAGUCUCCACUCCUUCAAAAAUCAUUAAAAACCCACAUCUCCAUAAAAGCGUAUCAAUUAAACUAUUAACAGCUCCUGACUGAUUCCUCUCUUGCAACUGUCACUAGUCUAAUACUAUCCUUACCUUUUGUGUCACUUUACCUCACUCCCUCUAGCAUAUAAGCUCAUUGAGCAGGGCCCUCAACCCCUCUGUUCCUGUGUGUCCAGCUUGUCUUGUUACAACUACAUGUUUGUUCGUCCACCCGCUGUAAGGCGCUGAAUAAUUUGUUGGAGCUAUAUAAAUAAUAACAUAAUAAUAAUAAUAAUAAGUUUCCAAAAAUUUCAAAUAUAUCAAAAUAUUCAAAUAUUUUGUAUAACUGAUAAUUUUAAAAGCAUAUCCAAAAAUAUUAAAUCAUUUAAAAAGUGUGUCAACAAAUAUUAAAUUGGGGCUCUAAUUAGAGACCCUGUUGUCAGUGUUAUGUAAAUAAAGAGCCAUUCACUUAUGUAGCAAUGAGUCAAUGUGGACAACGCUGGCAGACUACAUAUUUCACACUGAAGCAUAGACAUAACUUAAACAUUUCAAUUUGGUUGUCCGUCCUCCUCAUCUCAGUAGUGGUUGUUGAAUAAGCCUAGAUGUUUAAAUAAGCCUUAUCUUUGUUCACCAGUCAAUAAGUUGCAGUACCACAGCAAAAUCCUCACAUUUACACAUGACCACACUUACUUGUUAUUACCGCUAUAAUCAAUAUGAAUAUUAUUCAACAUCUAGAAAAAUCUUCAUUUUAUUGCUACUAUGUUUUUUUUUUCUCUGCAGACAAUGUGCAGAUGGCUACUCUCUGCAAGUUUGGACUUUGUUGAAAAGAAAUGUAAAUUUGUGAUUCAGACAUCUCCACUGCAUCUGACCAUGUCUGCACUAAAGCUCUAUGAAUGUUUGCUGUCAAACAUGAGGUAAGAAAGCAAGAAAUCCAGUCGAUAAACUCUAGAAAUGUAUUCAUGAAGAAACAUAUAAUGUUUACAUUAUAUUGAUUAACAUAGAUUUUAUAGGAAAUAGAAAAAAAUAUGUAAUUAUUGUGUGAUAAAAAAAAGGUACUUAGACAAUUCCCAGAAACAAUGUUGUAACAAUGUAAGAAGGGGGUAGUAUAGCAACAGACUAGUAUAAACACAUAUCGACAACUAAAACUAUUUAAGAUGUUGUUUUAAUAUGCUUUUAUAGAAUGGGGUUAAUUUAGGAGGAGUCAUGAGUCUUUCCUGCUGAUACUACAUUUUCAGUGAAAUUCACUAAAUUGAGAAUCCAAAAUGAAUUCAAAGUUAUUUUUAAUUUUAAGGCCAAGGCAGCUGAACUGCAAGCUGACUUAGAGAAUAUUUAUGGUUCAGUUAUAUUCACCUGAAAGGAACACUCUAGUGUCAGGAAUGACAAGUAUUUCUGAUACUAAAGUGGUAAAAACACUGUUUAGGAUCCUGGUCCCCCUUGACCCAUUUAAAAAUAUAUUUAAUUUACGUUUUUGCCAGCAUCUGCUGGUUUCGCUGUGGCUGGCCCAGAGUGUGGGUAUGUGUCAGUGUGUGUAUCUGUGUGUCAGUGUGUAAGUGUGCGUAUAUGUGUGUCAGGGAGUGUGUAUGUAUCAGUGUGUGUACCUGUGUGUCAGGGUGUGUGUGUAUAUAUAUGUGUGUUUGUGUUCAUGUGAAUGUAUAUAUGUGUAUGGUUGUAUGGGUAUGCAUGUAUGGGUAUAUGCCACAUCCCAGCAAUCAAACACCAAUAAUAUAUGCAAACACACCCCUACAAUCAAACACAAACAUUACAUGCAAACACACCCCUGCAUUCAAACACCAAAAAUGUAUAGAAAUAUAACCUUUUAUUCAAACACCAAUGCCACACACAAAUGUACAUCCACAUUUAAAAUUCAACACUAAAUACAAACACAUCCCUGCAUGCAAACAAAUCCAUGUACUAAACUGCUAAAAUUAUAUACAAACACCCCUUCAUUCAAACAUCAACACUACACAAAACAUCACUUGCAUUUAAAGGUCAACACUACAUACAAAGACACCCCUAAAUUUUAACGCAAACACUACACACUAUUAUACCACUGCAUUUCAAUGACAACAGUUCAUACACCUAUUGCUCUGCAUCCACACACAUACUCCAUACUCCAUACUCCAUACAUACUACAUGCUUACAUGUUUACAGCCCUGCAGGGAUGGGCAAAUGGUACAACCCCAGCUGGCAUAGCAAUUUGGGGGUUGUACAGCAAAUGGUGACCUACUUUUUGGCCACCUUUGCACUAGAAGGUGGCCAAAAAAAACAGACAGGGAUAUUGAGAUGAAGAGGUUUGGGUGUCUGUAGAUUCACAAUUAAGGGACAUCUGUGGGCAGAUACAAAAUAAAGACAUGUUUUGUACUAAUGUAAGCUCACCUGCCAAAGUCUAAGCUAACCUCUUCAGUGAAGAGAAUUUACCUUGCUACUUUCAGCCAAAAUACAGAAUCUCUAAAGAGACAGAAAAAAGAUAUUCUUAAGGAUGCCCUCAAACAAAUUACAUUUUAUCAGGGCACAAAUAGGGAAAAUAAUUCCAAAGACAAUGCAAUACUCAAAAAUAUUGUUAUUUUAUAUAAUUAUACAAUUAUAGUUCUAAAAAAAUAUGCUUCUCCCGAUGUACCCACUGUAAGGAGUGAUAUGAAACAUAUAUUAUACAAGGCAGAAUUUCAUGUAGGCACCUGCAAAGCUUCAAUUUUUUAGGUGAGUGCUAAAUUGCAAAAAUGCAGCUUAGCUAAAGGUCUUCCCAAUUUCACAUAAAAACCCACAUAUAUUUGAUAUAAUUUUACCCAUCUGGUGCCACAUGCUGCUUGUUUUAGUACAUUCCCCAGCUAUUUUUACUAAAAGAUUAAAUAAAUACACAAAUUCAGUGUACACAUGGGUGGAGGCUACUGGUGUGUGCAGAUGUUCAGAAAAAUAAAAUUACUCAUUCCUAAUUUUUAGCCAUUUCUCAUCCACAAAUCUUUUUAUUUAAAAUUAAAGGGAAGCCGGCAUUGCUUGCGUACAGGGGCUUUUUGGAUGUAAAUUCAGCCCUAGGUGCAACACAUAAUUUUGAAUCCCAGUCAAUCACCUGCAUUCGAUCUUACCAAACCUCAAAUUCCAAAAUGCGUUUCGCAGUUGUUUUGUCUGAAAUAAAAAAAAGUUAAACAUUGUUUGUUGCAGGUUAUUAAAAAGUAUUUCAUACCGAGCCUGUUUUUUAUUUUUCUCAAAGGGUCGACCACAAAUAAUGUGAAGCUAAUUAUGUGCUCGUGGCAUCCACAUGCCAUACAUUUAGCUAUUCUUGCUUGUGCGGAACAUUUAUUGACCUGCAUUAUUGGAAGAGUACAAAUGUUUCUCAUAUUUUAUCACAUUAUGUAGGUUAAUAAAACUUUUAUCUGUUUAGUUCUGCAGAGACUGGGACUGAUAAUGAGGAUGAAGCUAUUGAUAUUUCAGAAGAGACAAAUGUGCAAAGUUAUCACAUUGUUAGUAAAAGAAUGAAGGAAGAGGUUAUAAAUGAAAUUGUGGCUCAUGGUUUCUUUUCUGUCAUCUGGUCAGUUGGUGGAGUUCUCACCGCAGAGUCCAAACAAAGGUGA